ACGUUUCCGCACUAUCCGCAUGCUCUCAAGUCCAAUAGUUGCAAAUGGCGGGUUCUCGGCUUCUGUUAGCUUCGGUUCCGGUGCACUUUUUUUGAGUUGACCAGUACGCUUCUUCCCAUGACGGAAAUAGACAACCACGACACCGUACAACAUUUUCAUGAGGCGAAACAAGUUUGUUGUCGUUUCUGUUCAUUGUAGUUUCGCGACCAACAAGUCACAUUGAACGGAAAUGCAGUCGGCGGUUCUUUUGCUGUCAUUAAUAGGCGUCUUUCAAAACUGUGGCUGCUCCAAGCUUAAUAUGCCCAAAGUGCUCCUGCCCCUUGCCAGAAGUACACGAAUUAACUUCACACUGGAAACCACUGAGGGCUGCUACAGAUGGACAUCAACUCGACCAGAAGUUGCAAGUGUCCAGCCCAUUGACGAAGAGACGGGCCAAGGCUGCUCCAGGAAAGCGGUUCUUCAAGCUCUUUCCACGCAGCCCUCCAGAUUGACCAGCAUCAUUCUGGCUGAAGAUGUUGUGACAGGACAGAUACUGCGCUGCGAUGCAAUCGUCGACGUGAUCUAUGAUGUCACCAUUGUGUCCACCACCAGAGAACUACACCUGGAGGAUUCCCCCCUUGCACUCGAAAUUCAUGCGCUGGACUCUGAAGGAAACACCUUCAGCACUCUUGCAGGUCUGGUCUUUGACUGGAGUAUCGUGAAAGAUGUGGAUGUGAACGGAUUCUCCGAUUCUUAUGAUUCAUUACGGUUUCUCAAGUUUUCUGAUUCCACAUACACACCUCCUGAAUACAUCUCUGAAAUGGAGCAUGUCGGAAAACAAGGCAAUAUCAUUUUGGUGUCAGGCCUGAAAACAGGACAUGCGAAAGUGAAGGCCAGAAUUCAAGAAUCACUGUAUCAAGGUGUGGACGCAGCUGAGGUGAAACUACUGAUUUUAGAGAACAUUUUGCUGAGCCCUGCGCAUAAUGUCUACCUGAUGGUCGGAACGUCAAUCCGAUACCAAGUCCUGAAGAUACGACAGGGCUCGAUAACCGAGCUUUCAAUGCCAUGUGAUCAAUAUGAGCUCCACCUUGAGAACAGCGUGGUCGACACAAAUGGGAACCCAGAUGUUGACGUUGCACGUCUGGAUCAAAGAACCUCCACAGUUGCAGCCAUUCAACUGGGACACAUCAAUGUCGUGCUCGACCAUAAAAGUCUUCGCAUGCAAGGAGUGUUUCGUCUUCCCAACAGCACUUUGUUUGUGGUGGAACCUGCCUACUUAGGUUUUAAAAUUCAUCCUGGAAACAGUUGGGUUCUGGAAAUGGGUCGAGACUAUGAUAUCCAGAUUGAAGUACUCGAUAAAUCUGGUAACAAACUCUACUUGUCUGAUAAUGUCCGAAUCGAGUCUGUUUUCCCUCUGGAAUUCUUUGACAUUUUGCACUCUUCCCUGAAUGGAUCUUACCAUAGGGUCAAAGCUAUCAAAGACGGCCUGAGUGUCUUUGAUGCUACUUUGACAGCUGUUGAGGAUGAAAAGGGCGGCGUCCACCCACUCGUCAACCCAGUCCACAAUGAACAGGAUGUGGAAAUCUGUAAACCUAUCGUUCUUAGUCCCAGUAUUCUUACGUUCCCAUGGCAACCCAAGGUCGGCGCGUAUCAGUACACAAUUAAGGCAACAGGUGGCAGUGGAAAUUUCAGCUGGUCUUCGUCCAACCCAAGCGUGGCCACAGUGACUGUCAAAGGCGUGAUGACGACAGUCAAUGACAUUGGUGUUAGCAUCGUGAAAGCGCAGGAUAUGCGCAACCCACUCCAUUUCGGAGAGAUGAAGGUAUACGUCGUUGAACCUGUGGCAAUGGACUUUGCUCCCUGUCGAGUGGAAGCCCGAGUGGGCACGAUUCUGGAACUACCGCUCAGAAUUUUUGGCCUGCUGGAGGAAAAGGGGAUGGAGCGCGUCAUGUUGAGUGACUGCUCCCACUUUGACCUGCAGGUUGAUGAGGAAAACCAAGGCGUCUUUCAGCAGCUUGAAGGUCGACUGGCUCCCGGCCAAGGCCACUGCAGUGGGGUGAUAGCCAAAGCUCUGACCCCAGGCUACACCACGCUCUUGGUCAGCUACACCCAUGGCAACGUUCACCUCAGUGCAAAGAUCACCAUUGCAGCUUAUCUUCCCCUCAGCGCUCUUGACCCUGUGUCCGUGGCUGUGGUGACACUGGGUUCCUCUAAAGACAUGCUGUUUGAGGGUGGGCCUCAGCCUUGGGUUCUGGAGCCCUCUAAAUUCUUCUGUGAGUUGAGAGCUGAGGAGGAAGAAAGUGUGAGCCUUACUCUGAUCAGCCCGCUGUCCCAUAAUUAUGACCAGCAUUUGGUCAGAGCAACUUGCAAGGCCUUGGGAGAGCAGAUGCUGGAAGUGAGGGUGCGAAACAAGGCCAGCGUGACCAACCCAUAUCCCGCUGUAGAGAGGGCAUCUGUAAAGUUUGUUUGCGCUCCUCCGUCACGCCUCACCCUGGUCCCAGUGUACGCCAUUCCGCAGCAGGAACUAGCAUGCCCUCUGUUGCAGCAGAACAAAUACGUGGUCCCAGUUUCAAAUUAUCGCAACUCAGUUUUGGACCUUGCGGCUUUUGACCACCAAGGACGGAAAUUUGACAACUUCAGCUCACUGAGCAUCGUGUGGGAAUCAAGCAAAGUGUCCCUGGCCAGUAUCGAGCCGAUCCUUCCCAUGACGCUUCAUCCCUUUAAGGAUGAAAACAAACAAAUGAAACUACACGGCCGGCAGACCAUUGUUGUGCAUCGUCAAUCGGGGCCCGCUGCCAUCACGGCGACAGCGCUGGAUUACCAGCUUUCACAUAUCAAAGCAGCCAAAAUUCAGAGUCGAGUUGACACGUUUACCCCAGUGUCCGCGACAUUGGAACUCAUUUUAGUUGAAGAUGUGCACAUCUUUCCUGACACAUUGACCCUAUACAACCACCCAGAUGUGCGGGGUAACCUUGCACUGCGAGAGGGGUCGGGGCAUUUUGUUGUCAAAACCAGUGUUAAAGACGUUGCAGAUGUGGUAUUGCAAGACACCCAAGGAACAGCCCAGGUUUCCCCCAUCCAGCCAGGUGUGGUGCAAGUGAUGGUUCAUGACCUUUGUUUGGCAUCCCCAUUGACAGCCAAAGCCACAGUGCAUGUUUCUGAAAUCCUGGAGGUGAAUUUGAGAGUGGUCGACAAGGUGGAAAUUGGCAAGUCAGUAAGGUGUUAUGUCAGACUGUUGGAUGAUAACAAGAAGCCUUUCCCAGCCAGCUAUUUCCACUUCAUGAAAUUGAAGGUUAAGGCAGCGUCUUCAAUCGUGUCAUUGAAACCAGUAGCAGAGUCUACAGAACACGACACUGCGGUUUACCUGGUAAAAGGUGUUUCUAUUGGCCAGACAACCUUGUCAGCUGUUGUAGUGGAUAGAAAUGAGAGAAAAUUGUCAUCUGCCCCUCAACAGAUUGAGGUAUUUCCACCAUUCAAACUCAUCCCCCGGAAAAUGACUCUGCUGAUUGGAGCAAUGAUGCAGAUCACAUCUGAGGGUGGCCCGCAGCCUCAGUCCAAUAUUCUGUUUUCUCUCACUAAUGAGGACAUCGCUUCUGUAAACGGCAUUGGUCAUGUCAAGGGUAUGACCACUGGUAACGUCACGGUGACGGGACUCAUUCAAGCUGUCGAUGCUGAAACGGGCAAACUGGUUGUUGUGUCAAAGGAUCAAGUGGAAGUUGAGGUUGUGCGUUUGACUGCCAUUCGAAUUCGAGCACCCAUUACACGAAUCAAGACGGGAGCGCAGAUGCCUGUAUAUGUGAUGGGUUUGACCAAUAGUCAAACACCCUUCACAUUUGCUAAUGCUCUGCCGGGACUUAGCUUCCACUGGUCCACUACCAAAAGGGACAUCUUGGAUGUGCAGUCGAGACACUCUGUGGCUAACGUGGCGCUUAACUCGGAGUACAAUUUCGGCAUGAGUGUGACUGGUCGGACAAGAGGCCGGACUGGGCUCAAGGUUGUCCUCAGAGUUGUCGACCCUGUUCUUGGUCAACUUGCUGAUAAUCUUCCAGAGCUUGAAGAUGAGGUCCAAAUUCAGGUCUAUGACAAACUGCACAUGUUUAAUCCCAAAGUCGAGGCCGAAGAGAUUCUCAUGACUCCAAACUCAGUCCUCAAACUUCAAACAAACAGAGACGGCGUGGGUGCACUGUCAUACCGUAUGCUGGAUCACGCUGACCAGGUUGCUAUCGCUCAAGUUGAUGAAAAGGGCUUCCUCGUCUCUGGCUCAAUCACUGGCAUUUCACCACUGCUCGUUACUUCCCAAGAAUCUUUUGGUGUCAAUCAGACUCUCAUCAUUGCAGUCAAGGUGGUGCCGGUGUCCUAUAUGCGCUUCAGUACCAGUCCAGCGUUACAUACAUACACAAAGGAGAGCCUGAAAGCCCUCCCUUUGGGCAUAGUCCUCACCUUCACCGUUUAUUUUCACGCCAGCACUGGAGAGGUCUUGCACAGCUCCAACAGCCAUCUCACCUUCUCCACUAACAGGGAUGAUCUGGUGCAGGUCGGGUUUGGCCCUAGUAACCAUACUUUGACAGUCCGGACCGUCAACACUGGUCUCACGCUGCUGUCUGUGCACGACAGUGAAAACACUGUUGUGGCAGACUACAUUCCGCUUCCUGUGGAGCAUGCCAUCCAGCCAGAAGAGGCCCAGAGGCUGGUGGUGGGAGACGUCAUUUGCUUUACUGCUCAGCUUGCCAGUCAGGACGGAGGCCACGGUAUUUGGAGCUCUUCAGCCAAUGCCAUACUCCAAGUCGACUCCACAACUGGUGCAGCUGUAGCCAGAGACUCUGGGGCAGCUACUGUGUACUAUGAGAUACCUGGUGUUUUGAAAACAUACAGAGAGGUUGUGGUGGAAUCAGCUACCAAGACGGCUGCAAUAAUAGCACAACAAGCCUUGCCAGUGAAAAUUGGCAAGCAGACUGAAGUCUUUCUCACGACCAGAGGACAAGGAACCAACCUCAUCGGAACCUGCUCCUCUUUCCAGACCGAAGCCAUUGCGCAACUCCAGCCAGAAACCUCUGUCGCUUGCCACCUGAGUUUUACCAACGAUGCUGUUGAUUUCCCUGCAAGCAGCAUCUUUAAAACGCACACCAGCUUUGACACCAGCAGUGGCUUCUACACGUGUUCCGUGACCUUGCAGCCAACGGCAGACCAACUGACCAGAGUUGCGAGCAUGACCUUGAGUAACCUGCUGGUGAAGGCUGCCCUGGAGGGCAGCGCUUUCUCGGGGGAGCAGGUCAGCGCCAGACUGCCAAUAGAGCCCGGCAUGUACUCGGACCGAACUGAGCUGACGCUCUCAAACCUGCGUCCAACUGCGGAGCUCACAGUCUUCGGUGCAGCUGAUGCCCAAGCAGACAUGGAGGCGGUCUCCAGUUCUCCCAUCAUUGGUAUUCAAAAGGCCGAGGCACAGUGCGACUUCCCGAGUCUGUCAAAGUACACCGUCAGGGCUUUGGACCUCCGAGCAGCUGCCUCUGCUUCAAUUAUCAUCAGCAGUGCCUCUUCGGGUCAGAGUCUCGUCAUCCCAGUCACAUUGAUACACGUGGCUGAGCCUGGUGCAAACACACAAGCAGCUGCUGCAGCAUUUAUUAACACCGAAGGGGGCCUCCCGCUACACGGCUUUAAAAACUCUUACCACAUGAUGCUGUUCACCCUGUUUGCCCUGCUCGCCAGUACAGCCAUCGUCGUCAUCGUCCUCCAUACGGUGUUCUCUCCCAAGCAGCAGGCAUACCCCCCCUCUGUCAUCCUCAGGACACCCCCGCCUGUCGCCGCCCCAGAUUCCUUCAACCACCCUACACCCCGGCAGGAUGCUAACAGCAACUUCAGGUUGCGUCUCUAUUCUACGAACUACUGACGAAGCCCUCAUCAUCCCUCCUGUCCCAUGGACAGUCAUCACUGAAUGCACCUCAUCCGCCUCAGAAUGACAGCCGUGGGAUGUGACUGUAAAGUCGUUGCAUCUUAAUAUUGAUACAACACUUAAAAAAAAUCCUUCAAAUACCUGGUCGUGUGUGUGUGUGU